ACGAUCGUCCUGCUGUGUGGCUCUCUUGAUCAGUCUGCACAGCGAAACAAGAAAGGCAGACCAUUUGCAAUUGCAACGAGGAGAGAGUGAGAUCGAUCGGAAGGAAAAUGGAGAGAGCCACACAACAGCAGGACGAUCCACGCCCACACUUCGUGCUCGUUCCGUGGCAAGGAGGCAUCAGCCACAUCAUCCCCAUGACCGACAUCGGCCGCCUCCUCGCCUCCCACGGCGCCGCGGUCACCAUCAUCACCACGCCCGCCAACGCCCCACUCGUCCAGAGCCGCGUCGACGACGACGACGACCUCGUGACGACGCCGCCGGAGGGCGCCAUCACGGUCACCGCGAUCCCGUUCCCAGCGGCGGAGGCCGGCCUCCCCCCCGACGACGGCUGCGAGAGGCUGGACCUCCUCCGGUCCCCCGCCGACGUGCCCCGCUUCUUCGCCGCCAACAGACACUUCGGCGAGGCCGUCGCAAGCUACUGCCGCGCCGGCGAGGCUAUGCCGCGCCGGCCCAGCUGCGUCGUCGCCGGGAUGUGCCACACGUGGGCGCUCGGCAUGGCGCGCGAGCUCGCCGUGCCGUGCUACAUCUUCCACGGCUUCGGCGCGUUCGCCCUGCUCUGCAUCGAGUACCUCUACAAGCACAGGCCACACGAGGCGGCGGACGACGACGACGGCCUCGUCGUCAACAUCCCAGCCCUGCCGGCGCCGUUCGACGACUGCUGCAGGCUCUCGCGCGCGCAGCUACCGCCGCAUUUCGCGCCGUCGACGGCUGUGGGUGGUGGAGCAAUGCAAGAGAUACGGGAGUUCGACGUGGCCGUGGACGGCGUGGUCGUCAACACCUUCGACGAGCUCGAGCACGGCUCCUGCGAGCUUCUCGCGGCCGCGACCGGCAAAGCCGUCGUCGCCGUUGGCCCCGUCUCGCUGUGCCGCCGCCGGUCACCUGAUCUCGAUCCACAGGCCAUGGCGGACGACGAUGCCAGGCGGGUUAUGGAGUGGCUGGACGCCAAGGAGACGACGAGGUCCGUGGUGUACGUCAGCUUUGGCAGCGCCGGGUGCAUGCCGCCGGCGCAGGUCAGGCAGCUGGGCAUGGCACUAGCGUCGUGCCCUUGGCAUGUCGUCUGGGUCGUCAAGGGCGCCGACGCCAUGCCCGGCGACGUCAAGAAAUGGCUAUCUGAGAGCUUCGACAGCGACAAGUGCUUGGUGGUGCGAGGCUGGGCUCCCCAGGUCGCCAUUCUAGCUCACCGUACUGUCGGCGGCUUCCUCACGCACUGUGGGUGGGGCUCGACGCUGGAGGCCAUUGCCGCCGGCGUGCCCAUGGCGACAUGGCCGCUUUUCGCCGAGCAGUUUCUCAAUGAGAGGCUCAUCGUCGAUGUGCUUGGUGUUGGGGUGUCUGUAGGCGUGACAAGGCCAACAGAAAAUGUCCUUAGUGCUGGUAAGCUCAACGGCGGCGGAGCGGAUGUUGAGGCGGAGGUGGGUAUGGAACAAGUGAUGAAGGCAUUGGAGAGGCUGAUGGAUGAAGGUGAUGAAGGGGAGCAGAGGAGGAAGAAGGCUCAGGAGCUCAAGGCCAAGGCAAAUGGAGCGUUAGAGAAGGGUGGGUCGUCCUACAUGAAUUUGGAGAAGCUAAUCCAAUGUGCUUCAUGAUAGAAUAAUUAAUAAUUAUGUUUUGCUGAAUAAAAUAGCCAGUGUCCAACCUUGGGUACAAAUCACCAAAUUUGUUUGAUGUCUUUGAGAUUGUAUGAAGAAGGUUAGAUCGUUUGGUACGUA